GCGGUCUCAAAACGGUGGACAGUUUGAUCUUGCGGCAGAUCGCGGAGCGGUUCCCCAUCAAGCGUUGAAAUUCUUGAUGCUUUGUCAAUUUAUGAUUCGGACAAUCAUUGUGCCGUGCAGACUUGUGGCCAGGUUGCUUGCAACUCGAGCAAAUCGGUAUAGUGUCAUCGUCAUUGCUUGUGGCCAAUCGAGCCCGUUUUUUGGCAGUUUUCAGUUUUUCUUUCUCUGGAUCGCUUAGUCGCUUACGCUUGCUGCCAACUGUUGUGGAGGGCGCUUGAUGCUUCUCGCAUUUACUGUGUCUUUUGUCCUGUGUCCGGCCUUGCCACAGUCCUUGCAGACACAGCUAAAUCAUAUUUCAUGAGUCGUAUAAUAUGCUACCGUAACAUAAAAAUAAAUACCGUUCUCCUCUUCUUCGCGUUUCUUCCGUUCGUAGAUGGCUUUGAUGAUGAGGUAAAGGCGGUCUUUAAACAACAUUUUGUGACCGAGGGAAGAGGAAUAAAGAAGAUAAUGCCGUUUGCGCCAACAGAUUUGUUCGCUUUUAUGCAGUCAACUGAAACUUUUCAAAGUUCACAUCCAUCUUGUUUGCAUCCUGAAGAAACAACGUGCACCACACAAUGAUCAAUACAGCUCAUCAAGCAAAUGAUAAUAAGGGUGCUUCUAAAUUUCCCAUCAUUUUUCCCAUACUCCUUUAAAAAUAUGGCAAGCUACAGUAUUUUUAUCCAAUAACUGCAAGUUCAGUUAAAGGCACACAUGCUUUGAUUUUUUAUCCAAUUGGCAGCGAUCCAUGUGAUUUGGAUAUACACAGCUUGGCAAUCAGACAUUGGGUUAGGCUUCCAUAAAAAGGAGCGCAACAUUUUCAAUUGGCGCAGCUCUUCAGGAGGUGGCUGA